AUGUGCUAUUCAAAGACCAUAACCGAGCGUUGGCUCUCAUCACCCGGCCGAACGACGAACAACAUGAUCAAGGAUACCAGUACACUGGCGCUCAACGUCAUCUCUUCGGUCGCUUUCGAGAAUACAGAAGUCAAUGAACCAACACUAAGUCACCAACUGUCACUUCGCGAUGCACUAGUGACGGUGAUGAGUACUUCAAUAUCUCCGGCCAUAGAGGGUAUUAUGCUACUCUUCAAACUGCCCAUACUGGAAUCGUUACUUCCAACUAGUACUAAGAGACUGCUACUCGCCAUGCGUGAGUUCCGGCAGUACAUGGACGAAACCGUCGUGAAAGAGCGAUCAAAAGUGGCCAGCGGGCAAUCCAAAGCUGCUACACUCAUCAGCACGCUCAUCAGGGCAAACGACGAAGCCAAGUCUGGAAGCGGAGUUUCGAAGUCCAAACUCUCGGAUGUUGAGAUCAGAGGCAAUAUCUUCAUCUUCACGGUUGGUGGGCUGGAGUCUACCUCUAUCGCGCUAUCAUAUGCAUUGGCUUUACUGGCUGUGUACCCUGAGGUCCAAGAUUGGGUAAUAGAGGAGCUGGAUGAAGUUUUGAAAGACGAAGCAGCUGAUGAAUUGGAGUAUGCAAGGGUGUUCCCACAACUGAAGAGAGUAAUGGCUGUCAUGACCAUGUUAGAGUCCAAGAAAGCCAAUGAGCAUAUCGCGCUUCCGACUAACACCCAAAUCAUGCUCAAUUCAUGGGCUUCUCAUACCUCAGCCGCUAAUUUUCCCGACCCGCUUACUUGGAACCCGAAGCGCUGGACUCAGUCUCAAUCCGCCGGCAGUAGCAAGGUAACUCUACCCGAGAUACUCUCUUCUGAAGAGCUCAAGCACCCAAAGACUGGCAGUGGGUUCUUCGCAUGGGGUGCCGGCCCGAGAAUCUGUCCAGGAAUGAAGUUUAGUCAGGUGGAGUUUUGCAGUGUGUUGAGUAGCGUUCUGAAAAAGGUCAGGGUUGAAGUAGUGUGUCGGAAGGGCGAGAAGGUGGAGGUGGUGAGGCAGAAGGUGGAGUGUGGAGACUUCUCGUAG